ACACAGACACACACACACACACACAGCUGGCGCCGUUUGACCUUGUUGUUGUGGAAGAAGACCUGCCUCGUUUCCACUUGAUCGCCUGACAAAAUUAAAAUGUUUUGUCUCGUCCUAACCACCAGCCCCAUCACCUAAUUGCGAUUGCGAUUUCUGAAGCUGAGAAGCCGACUUUGAUCUCUGUAAUAUGUAAAUUACAUACACACACUGCUGCUUUGUGAUAUCAACCCCUUUUCUCAUAACUGCGAAGCUCCAUACCGUCGUGAAAAAUGCUGUUUUGCAAAACGGAAGUAACAUUUUGCCUGCUGGCUCUCCUCUCGGCACUCGAGAAGGUUAGUGCCUAUUACUGUGAGUGGGAUUUUUGUGACGUGAAGUCUUACUGUUGCGGAGAGAACCAGUGCUGCAGCAAUUCCUACAGCCCUUGGUACAUUUGGUGGGCUGGAGCUUUUGUGAUGGUUUUGGUUAUGUGGACAUGCAACGGAAUCUUGAGGUAUUACAGAGCCAAACAAGCCCAGUCUGGCGGAAUUAAGUACCAGGAUUUGGAAUCUGCGAAUCAUCAGCUGGAUGAUAAAAACUUGAGUCGAUCUCCUACUUUGUAGGCUAGAAAGGCACAUCUUCGAUUAUUUGGAAUAUUUUUGAGACGCGAUUGCCUUCUUACAAACUGAUGCUGAUCGAUACACCAUUAGUUCAAAUAUUGAAACGCGUGUACAGCCCUCUUCUUUUCUGACAGAUUAAACUGAAUAUAUAUA